AGGGGCCCGAGGGCCCUGUACACAAACGAGCCCAAGCAGUCGGACGAGAAGAAGCUCGGGGCGCAGGCACACAGAGGCUGCGCAUCGAGGCACACAUUCUGCGAUUCGCGAUCGAUCAUGGCUAUGGCGGGCGCACUGACGCAGGUCACUCAGGCCUUGUCCAAGGCAUCCGUCUCGUGCGCGGCCCCGGCCGUGUCAUGCUCGUCGUCCUCGUCGUCCUCGUCGACCUCGUCCAGGAGUGGAGUGAGCUUGAGCUCGUCGCUGUGGUGCAACACCGAUUCGUUGAAGAGGAGGUGCGAGAAUGUGGCCGCAGCUGCUUCGAGCGUGAGGAGCACUUCGGCAGUGUUGAUGGGAGAUGACUACGAGGAGUCUGAGGAGGAGGUGACCGCUGCCUACGAAGCUCUGUAUGGAAAGGCCUUCGGUGCCAGCAAAGGUGGCGAGAAGAAGUGGGAGUCCACGGACGACAAGGAUGCCGAGGGCGACGAUGCCCCGUCUGGCAGGCGUAGAGGUAGAGCGGCUGAUGGCGAUAAGCCCAAGAGAGAUGGUGACAGGUCUGGAAGGGGCGGCCCCAGAAGCGAAUUCGAAGAGCGCGUCGUGCAAAUUCGAAGAGUGACCAAGGUCGUGAAGGGUGGUAAGCAGCUUUCCUUCCGCGCCGUCGUUGUGGUCGGUGACAAGAAGGGCAAGGUCGGUGUUGGUUGUGCCAAGGCCAAGGAGGUUAUCACUGCCGUGCAGAAGUCGUCUGUCAAUGCCAAGCGCAAUCUCGUCACUGUCCCCAUGACCAAAUACAAGACCUUCCCUCACAGAGCGGACGGUAACUACGGAGCUGCCCACGUCAUGUUGAGGCCUGCCUCUGUCGGAACGGGAGUUAUUGCCGGAGGAUCUGUCAGAGUUGUGUUGGAGUUGGCAGGAGUAGAGAACGCUCUAGGGAAGCAGAUUGGAAGUGAGAACCCUCUGAACAACGCUCGUGCAGUUGUUGCAGCUGUAUCGAGCAUGAAGCAGUUCAGCGAAGUAGCCAAGGACAGAGGAAUCCCCAUGGAAGAACUCUGGAAGUAGACUCAAUGUUUUGUAUGUUUUAAGUUUAGGAGAACUUAGAUCAACGGUGCCAACGCAUUUAGAGGUCACAAACUUCGGAGGUGUGUCAUGCACUUUCAAGUCUUGUCCACCGUUUUUAAGGUCAGUUAAAGUGUUCCAAUCAAAGAUAAGGAAGUUGAACUCGAACUGGGUGUCUGGAGCUACGUAUCAGGUUAUGGCUCAUGAUGUAAAGUGAUCCUUUUAUGAGGGGCUUGUUAGCUCCCACUUCGCGGGAAACAACCUUCCUGCGUCCAAAUUUUUUUGAAGGCUGUAGCCUCGCACUACCAAAUAUCUCCGAGCUUUUGCCCAAAAAUCGUAGCAUCAGUGUAGGACUCGACUAGAGACUCGAUUUUUUGCUUCAGUCAUGAGAUAAUCAAAACCUUAAUCGUGUACUUUUGUCCAGUAUGUCGUUGAAAUUGCUGUACAAAAGCUACCGGAUGCCUUCAGGGGUGUGUAGUGUUUGAUCAUUGAAUAUUGAAAGUCCACUGCAAUUCUCC